AUGUCCACCGCAGAGGGCCUGUCUCCAUUCCAACAACUGUCGAGCGAUAAUCGCGGGCCUAUAGUCACUCUAGUGUCGGUCUGUCUGUUGAUCGUCGCUGUCAUAUUUGUCCUGGCCAAGUUUGGGUCUGCGAUUUACUUUAAGCAGCGGCGGACGGCAGUGAAUACCCCGAUCUGGGUUGCUUUGAUUCUCUCCAUAAUCCAGGUUGUAGUCCUGCAAAAGGCUGUUGAUAAUGGACUCGGAAGACACGAGGACCGACUCAGCGAGAGUCAGAUCCAGACGUUGAGCAAGGCAAGCAGAGCGCAGCUUUGUCAUUUUCGAUCGCGUACUGACCAGUCUCAGUUUUCGUUCGCCGCUCAGCUCCUCCUCUUGAUCGUUCUCUCGCUUACCAAACUGUCGACAAUACUUCUGAUCUGGAAAUUAACGCCGAGCAAAAGCCUGCGCCUGCACUGCACCAUCACAGCAGGGGUUGUCGUCGGAUGGACGAUAUUUGCGUUGUUUGGUAUCUCGUUUCAAUGUCAAUUGCCAGAGGCGUGGCUUUAUAGACCGGAGCGAUGUGCUGGAGAGGGAGCGUUAUUCUACCCUAUUGCAGUUGUCAAUAUCCUUACGGAGAUUGUCCUCGUCGUCCUACCAUUCAUCAUGAUGCAGAAUGUGCAGAUGGCUGCGCAGAAGAGAGUUAAGAUCCUGUGCUCGUUUUCUUCGCGGUUAUGUGUUGUUGGCCUUGCAAUCGCACACUUAGCCGUCCUCCCCUCGUUCGUGCGCUCCAACGACAUCACAUGUGAGCUCUACCUCUCAACUUUACGUCCUCAAACUAAUCGAACAGGGAACUCAACUUUAUGGCACGUAAUCGGUCAAGCUAUGAUGCUCACAUCGGUGACAAUCGCCUGCGUCCCAACGCUCUACCACAUUUUCGCAGGACUGCACUCAGGCCUAAUAACAACGCAAAUCCAGCUUCCCGACAGCCACGAACUCUCCCGCACAGGAACAGGCAAAUACGCUAAGACAAAAACGAGCGCGUAUAUCAAUCAGACAUCUUCAAGUGGAGACUGGGCCGGAGGUAGUGGAAACAGAACGCGCGGACGGUCAAGGGAAAGAGAACAAGACAGGGGCAGGGGAAACGGGAGAGCUCGACGAGACUCUUCGCUCUUUGACCCGAGGAAUGUGGACACCGCAGUUGUUACAGAGAUCACGACGACGAAUCACAAUCAUAAUGAGACGCAGGGAGCAAUGAUGCGGAGCUCAAGUUCGAGUGAGGGAACGGAGAGUACGAGACGUCUUACACAGGAGGCUAUGGGCAAGCAGGGGGUUAUGAGAACGGUCGAUAUCACAGUCGAGAUUGAGGACCAGCAUCCUCGGAUGCAGGAAGACCGUGGACGGUUCUAA